CAUCGUUACUACAACAAGAUAACAGUUUAUUUUGUUACCAAGCCACGCUGUUUUAGAAGGUUUUUUUACCGUACAAAAGUGUAUUUUUAAGAACUGUAACAAUGUCGGAUGAAGAGGAUUUGAUUUAUGUAAAGAAGCAGAAAUUAAUCCAUUAUGGACCUUUGGACGAGCAGGAGAGAGAAAGAAAUGCCGCUGCAAACCAGGCUUCGGCUGAAAAUGCAGAAGAAGGCUCGACAGUCGACAUUGACAAAAUCCCCGUCAAGUCUGAAGUUGGAAACAUACACACAUCCGAUGAAUACAUGGAUCUCGAAGAUGAAAUGUCAAAGGACAAACAGGCACUGCUCGAUGAGUUUGAGAGGCGCAAGAAGGCCCGCCAUGUCAAUGUUUCCACAGACGACAACGAGGUGAGGCUGAACCUGAGGCAGCUCGGCGAGCCGAUUUGUAUUUUCGGCGAAGGGCCGGCAGAAAGGAGGAACCGUCUCAGGGACCUUUUGUCCAGGCUAGGAGAAGAUGCGAUAUACAAGAAACAAGAAGAAGAAGAGGAAAGGAUAAAACAAGAGAAGGAACAAGAAACGUGGUACCAUGAAGGCUCGGAAGCACUGAGGAACGUCAGGCUGUGGAUUGCUAAGUAUUCCAUUCCAAGGGCCAAAGAGAGACUGAAAAAGGCGAGGGAAGAGCUCAAUCAAGCAGAAGCAUCUGUAACAGCUAAGAAACAAGAACUUCAAAAAAAAUUGACCUCACUGUCAAUUUACUGUAGUCAGAUAGGUGACACCAGGCCAAUAUCAUACUGUCAUUUCAGCCCUGAUUCUUCCAUGCUUGCUACUUCAUCAUGGAGUGGCCUUUGUAAAAUUUGGAGUAUUCCCGAUUGCGAAGAAAAACGUGUUUUGAGAGGUCACAAUUGCAAUGUUUGCGCUAUAGAAUUUCAUCCCCAUGCAGGCCGAGGUGGAAAAACUGCUUGCGAUUUGGCAUCUUGUGCAGUCGACGGUAGCGUGAAACUCUGGAGCGUCGGCAGCGAAGAACCUAUUGUGGAUGUUGAAGGACAUUCUCCUCAUAGAGUAUCCAGAUUAGGAUUCCAUCCUUCGGGACGACUGAUGGCGACAUGCUGUUAUGAUAGUUCAUGGAGGCUUUGGGACUUAGAAACGGUGCAAGAAGUACUCCAUCAAGAGGGUCAUUCUUCAUCAGUUUACUGUAUUUCUUUCCAAUGCGAUGGCUCAAUUUCAGCCACAGGGGGUCUAGAUGCAUUUGGCAGAGUCUGGGAUUUGCGAACUGGUAGAUGCAUUAUGUUCAUGGAAGGCCACUUAAAAAGCAUUUUUGGAAUAAAUUUUUCCCCCAAUGGAUACCACAUAGCAACCGCCAGUGAGGACAAUUCUUGUAAACUUUGGGAUCUAAGGCAACAAAGUUGUAUAUACACAAUACCUGCUCAUAGCAAUCUGUUGUCCGAUGUCAAGUACCAGCCUGGCAUAGGCGAUUUUCUAAUAACGGCAUCUUAUGACAACACAGCCAAAGUUUGGUCAAACAAGACUUGGCAGCCAUUGAAAACUUUAUCAGGCCAUGAUGGAAAAGUUAUGUGCUUGGACAUUUCACCCGAUUCUAAGUUUAUAGCGACAGCUUCUUAUGAUAGAACGUUUAAACUAUGGACUCCGGAAGAAAUACCAGCAAGCUAAUUUUAGUAUGUCUAUGUAAAUAAUUUUUUUAACUAAAUAAAAUACUGCUUAAGAAAAAUGUUUUCAGUAAAGAAGUUUCUUAUUUGCAUGAUCAGUGAUUCAAAAUAUUAAAUCUAAUGAUACCAAUUGGCGUCCAAAAAAUUAUUAUUGAUAUUCUGUCAAAUUUAUAGAGUAUUAAGUUAAAAUCAUUUUAUUUUAAUUAUUUAAACUUUCUGAGUGAGUAUUUGGCAUUGAAGGAUGUAUAAUGAAAGGUCGAUUUGACCGAUUCGAUAAUGUUGAUUUGAUAUUUCUGUCUUAGCCUGUACGUGCUGGUUGCUGUAUAUGCUACUUGUUGGUAUAUAUGAACCUUAAGACUGAAUAAGUCAUUUGUAAAUUUCAAUUUGAAAUUUAUCAAACUAUGUAGGUAUAUGAAGUUAUGUAAAUUAAAUCAUUUAAAUACUUUAAUGUAUUUAGCAUUUUCUAGAAAUUCAUACACAACUUUGCAUACUUGUAAAUAAACAAUUGAUCAAUUAUUAAA